AUGGGGAGUACGGAAUCUGGUACGGGCGAUUUCAGCGUAGGAUCGAUCGUUUGGGUGAGGAGGAGGAACGGGUCGUGGUGGCCGGGGAAGAUAGUGGGCCCAGAAGAGCUCUCCGCUUCGCAUCUCACGUCGCCUCGCUCUGGGACCCCCGUCAAGCUUCUCGGUAGAGAAGAUGCCAGUGUUGAUUGGUACAAUUUGGAAAAAUCCAAGCGUGUUAAGGCGUUUCGAUGCGGCGAGUUUGAUGAUUGUAUUGAGAAGGCUGAAUCAUCUCAGGGUAUGCCUGUGAAGAAAAGAGAGAAAUAUGCACGUCGAGAAGAUGCUAUUCUUCAUGCACUUGAACUUGAGAAGCAGCUGUUGAGAAAACAAGGAAAGUUAGGCGGUACUCUGUCUUCCCAAAGAACCAAAGAGGGAAAUCAACUGAGUGGUGAAGAUGAUCAUGCUGAGGCCAUACCUCGGAUGAGAGGCUUGCAGGACUUUGGUCUCAAAAUUGCCCCUUCAAAGCGAAAACUUUCAUCUUCUCUUGCUUUAAAUGGUUCUUGGAAACCCACGGUUGAUGGUACUGUUCAAGCUCUUGCUCGUGGUGGUCUUAGCAUGGGAGGAACAAAUCAUGUGAACGGAGUGGAGCAGACGGGAGUUGUUUGCAAAGCAAAGAGGAGUAAAUGUGUAUAUUUGCCUGCUGAGUCUGGUGAAUCCUUGGAGUAUGAAGCAGCUCCUUCAAACCAAGUUGAGAUCUCAGCUUCACCAGUUGGUGCUCGUUCUCAUGCCGAGGCCUUGAUUGAAGAGAACACUUCUGGCUUUACGGAAGAUGAAUCUGAUUCUUCUGAAACUGAUUCUUCUGAGUCCGAGUCUGAUUCUUCCGAGACUGAACCAGAUAUGGAUGAAGAGAUGCCUUUACUCUCAGAACCAGAAGUUGGGAGAUAUGAAGCACGAGAACAUGGAAUCAUGGUUGGCGACGAGCCUGAUGAAUCAACACAUUCUGGUGAUAUGUCUCACCUCUACAGUCAUGACCCUUUAUUUGCUAGUGAGGCUGUGUCCAAAUGGCAGUUGAAGGGGAAAAGAAAUAUCCGCAAUCUUACAAAAAGAUCAAUGGAUGCAACUGACGGAAGAGGCUAUAUUUAUGGACCAUAUUCUGAAGAAAAGACUGAUUGGGAAGACUCAACCUGGGAGGAUAGGUCUGCCUGGAAUGAGUACUGGGACAUCAAAAGAGAUCGCUUUCACCCGGUUUAUGAUGGCCGUUAUCAUUAUCGCAGGAGGCCGAGAUACUUGAUAGAUGUAGACUUGAAGGUCCAGGCAAGUUACCAAAAAGAACCAGUUCCUAUUGUUUCUCUGAUGAGCAAGUUAAAUGGGAAGGCAAUAAUAGGGCACCCAAUCCAAAUUGAAGCCUUAGAAGAUGGUUCAUCCAACUCGCUUCUUUCAACAGUUGAUGAAUUUGGUGAGGAAGCAGUUGACAAUAAUGGGGGUGCAACUGUUCCACAUGCAUGGAGGACUGCAAGGAGGACGGCAAAUGUUCGAGUCCCGCGCCCUCAUUUAUCGUCUGCAUUGGAUGGUGAUGAAGCUGCUGACGACCUUCCCCUUUUAGAUGAAGAAAGCAGACCACCAUUCAAGAAAUUAAAUUUAGGGAGUUUCAGUAAUAAGGCAAGCCAGGGUAAGAGGAACCUUCUUCACAACUCCCGGCUUCCCACUGAUAGAAAGUUGUCAAAAAAGGUGGCCAAGAAAGUCAGCUUAUCAUCUAGCCAGAAAACGAGGACUUUAUCUUCGAUAGCCAUUGAGCAGAAUUUUAGUAACAAGCCAAUACAUCUUGAUAGCAGUAGUGGUCAAAGGGAAGGGCUGAUGAAACCGGAGUCUUCUGGACCCACAACUGUAGCUUGCAUACCCGUGAAAUUAGUAUUCAGUAGGUUACUUGAGAAGAUCAAUAGGCCCCCAUCAAAAGCAGCUAGUACGGUUUUAUUGAAUAGCGAAAAGGAGAGAAAUUCAUGA